AUGUCUAAGGAUGAAAAAGAGUCUAUUAUUCCUGAUGUUAUUUAUGACGAGAAUGCUGGAAAAAGCUAUCUCAAGGGCCGCUUCUUUGGAAAAGGUGGCUUUGCAAAAUGUUACGAGAUCCGUGAAUCAAAAUCCCAGAGUGUUUAUGCCGAAAUGAAUCAAAAUGAAGAGGAUGAUAAAGGAACCUUCCGUAUCCCAACAAGUCCAGCUCCACGUGUUGGCACUAAAGGAUCAGAAAGCCAGACUGAUGCUCAAAAAUCUGGUCGUAAUGUCAAGCGCAUGUUGAUAACACUAAAGGAACAAGUCACUGCGGUGUUAGCUGCUAAACCGGGACGCACAGAUGCUUCCCUGGCGGUUGAAAAUACUGAUCCUUCUGCUCAGCCGUUGGUUUGGGUCAGCAAGUGGGUUGAUUACUCUGAUAAAUAUGGAUUUGGUUAUCAGCUGUGUGAUGAUGGAGUCGGUGUUAUGUACAACGAUGGAACGAGACUUAUUAUGCUGGCUAAUAAAUUCAAUAUUCAUUACAUUAGUCGUGACCUCACUGAGACUUACUACACUGUCAAAGAUUAUCCGGAUACCUUGGAGAAGAAAAUGAAAUUGAUGACUUUUUUCCUGCAGUACAUGAAUGAACAUCUUAUGAAAGCUGGUGGAUCUGUUGCUGUUAAAAAUGACGCCAUGUCCCGUGUUCCUUACAUGCAUCAAUGGUUCCGCACACAAACUGCUGUUGUUAUGCAAUUGAAUAAUGGGACUGUUCAG